CUUUCAUUUUCAUGGCUUUUCUGCAUAUGGGACCAAUAUGGGCAACAUUAAACAGUUGCAAAUGUGAGAGCAUCAUGCCUUACUCUACAUAGACCCCCCUUCCCUGGUAGUAUUUAAAGGGAAGACCCCCUCUUUGUUCUUAGUCCCCAUACACCGGCAGGAACUACUGUUUACAUCAGGUCAAUCAGUAUUUAUCUAGGGAAACUAAGGAAGAGAAGGAAAAUUGCAGAGACAAAAAGAGGCUUAUUGAGAGGGAAGAGAGAAGGGGGAGGCACUGUAACCUUGCCUUCUCUGAUCAUUAACUUUGUUGGGAUAUGCGGCAACCACUUUACUCUGAGCUGAGUUACAUGGAAAGCUGAUUCCCAGGGAGACUGUACCAGACUUGAUCUAACAGUUGCCUAUCUCCGAAGAGCAAUAUGGAUUUUCAGAAAUUAUUGUAUGCCUUAUUUUUCAUCCUGAUGAGCCUGCUGCUGAUCAAUGGCCAGAAACCAGCCAACCUCGCGCAGCGCCGAAGGAUACACAGACACAACUGCUUCCUAAAGAGAUGCAUACCGCUACAUUCAAGAGUUCCCUUUCCAUGAGGACCAAGCUUAUCCUGAAACGAUCAUUUAAAUGUACGAUUUGACCAUCAACUAAAAGACCAUUUCAAGUGAUAGAAGCAAGGAAAACUGUGGGUAGCUGCCUGCCAAACAAUUGGAUAACGGAUAAAUUUCACCGUGAAUGAUGAAAAUGUUCAACCGAUCAAUUUUUUGGCGCCAAGGAGGACAUCUUUCCUUAAUUUGCCCACCAAUGGCAGGGCUUUAUUGGGUUAAUCCAAACAAUCAAAUUACAACGAGGAGCAAUGGGCACCGACUGGUUGAAAAAUUAAACCUUCCCGAUCGAUAUCAUGGCCAGAUGUCGAUGGAAAGACCCUUCGAAAGCUCACAUACACAGGCAGAUGAGCUGCCAAAUUGGUCCGAUAUCGGUAGCUUUAAUCUGCCCGUGUAUGGCCACCACCUUCAGGGUGAGAAAGAUCUUAAGAUUUUGACCAGUGAAAAUGAUUGCUCAUUUUAAGAAUCCAAUGGCACACUAGGCCAAGAAGUAACCAAAUUACAUGUACAAUUUGUCAAGCUGAUGUACACUGUUCCAAAAAAGUAAAUUUACGAGAAAAUGCUUUAUUUAACCCUAUAUGUAAUACAUGACGAUAAGUUUGCCAGGAGCAGUAACCCAUAGGAACCAAAAAUAAAAUAUCUUACAAGAUGUUUGCAUUUAAACAGGUGACCAGUAAAUUUUACCUGCUGAUUGGUUGCUAUGGGUUACUGCUCCUGAGCAAACGUAGUGCCUCUUAUUACUAAACCCCUUUAGAGUUUUAGCAUUUUGUAACUGUCCUGAAAACCUCCCUUUAUAUUGUUAAAUAUGUUUGAGGAGUGGGAAUUUUUAAUAUUAGAAACUACAGUCAGUUUAUUUAUUGGUAGGGAUGCACCAAAUCCAGAAUUUGGUUUGAAUUGUAGCCAAAAUUCUGCCUUUUUCAGCAGGAUUCGGAUUCAGCUGUGCCUGGCUGAAAAAAUAAAAAUCAGGUGACAUCAGACAAACAAGGAAGUGAAAAAUUCUUUAACCGCAUGCUGUGAUUGGUGGUUCUUUCCCACCUCCUUCGUAAUUGACAUAUAAAAAUUAGGGUUCAGUAUUGGGCUGAAUCCUAAAAUAGUGAAUUUAUUGCAUCCCUUAUCAAAGGUUCUUGAUUCAAUACGUGUGUAGAGUUUAGUAUUCUCUAUAUUAAUCAAGCAGUAUGGCAAAAACACCUUAAAUGCAUAUACUGAAA